AUGUCCAGUUUGCCACAAGAAAUCGACCCAAAAGAGACCAGUGUCGGAACCUCUGAAAUUGACGCCAACCCCUCUGUGGAGCUGAUGGUUACUGUUGAUAACCCAAUAGUCGCAACAGAGAACGAGGGUGUUCCAGAAACAUCUAAUUACUCUAUACCUAAAUCUAUACCCGACCAAGAAACUUCAUCUGAUAAGCCAAUGGAUGACAUUCACACAGGAAAUACAACAGAAUCUGAAUACAAUUCCCCUAGUGCUAUCCAACAGACAACCUCUAAUCAAUCGAAUGAACCUCCACAAGGUACAAAGGAUACAAGCAUAAUGAAAGGAAAAGGAUUAAGCAUGAAAGCAAAAGCACUUCGGCAAUUAUGUGGUGAUGCCGAAUACUUCAUUACUAAGGGGGGUAAGCAGAAGCGCAUAGGGAGAGACAGAACCAAGAUUAAAAGAACAUUUUUCGCAGAAUAUGUGGAAGAGGCUUCGACUUCAAGACGAGAAAAACCUAGAAAAAAAGCCCAUAUAGCCGUAGAACAAGAUGCCAUAGAGAAAGAGGCCAUAGAUGAAACCCACGCGGAUAACAAUAAUAUAGAUAUGAAUACAGAGCAGGAUACAGAAAGAUUUGACAAGGAGCCUCAAGAACAGCAGGUGUCUAAAAGGGGCCGAAAAAAAUCUUCUGUCAAAGACACAAAGAAGGUCACUAAUAAUAAAAAGAAAAAUGGAUUCAAAAAUAAAGAUGUGAAAGUUACCACGAAAAAUUCCAAAAAAAUGAAAGCGAAUAAAAAUUCAAUAGAGGAGAAAGUUGGGGAACCAAAGAACUCUGUUGGAGAGACUCAGAUAGAGACUGCUGAUGAAUAUGAAACAUCAAACACAGGCAAAAAUAGCAGCAAUAUAAUGUCAAGUGAAAGUACACCGGAAUACUUGAGCUCCCCACUCUCACUGAUUGAUGGGUAUAACGAUGACAGUGGGUCUUUUUUUGAAAAUUUUUUGGUGAAAUCUAAAACAAAGCCAGAAAAGCAAUCGAAGAAGAAAACAUCUGGUGACAAGAAAGCAAUCAAAAAGCAAGUGAAGAAUAAGAAAAAUAUCAAUAAAGAUCUCAAGGAAGACCACGAGAAGUCACAGGAAAUUGAAAAUGAGCAAGUAAAUUCUGUUAAAAAGUCUCACAAGCCAGGAAAGACCGAAAUCUCACCAGAAUUAAAGAAGCACAAACAAUUCAUGGAUUAUUUUUCAUCAUUCGGGAGCCCGACGGGCCCUUCUAAAAUGGAGAUAGUACUUGGCACAAGACAAUUGUUUACUAAUGAAGUAAACGCCUCCUGUGCUACAUUAGCCAAGCCUAUAGAUUUCAUCAAUAACAUUGAUUUUAUAAGGCAAUUCAAGGAUAAUUAUCGCGAGCAUUUUGAAGUUGAGGAUGAAACGGAACUUGUCAUUGAUUUGGAUAAUCCUCUUUUUAUUCAACGUAAGGAAAAAUUUCUCUUGCUAGCUCCAAGAGAUGAAGAGUUGGAUCCAUUCCACGAGCUCGGUAGAACCAUGGUAAUUAUGUCUCAAAUAUUUUUCCCAGAUCAACGCCAGCUAGAAGUCAUGAAUAGGGACCAGCCACACAAUUGUAUUAUCGGGUUUUAUGCACAGGCGGCGCUUGAGAAAAACCUUAAGAAGGUUAAAGAAAGUGUUGCCAUGUUUAACCUUUUAAUAAAACAACUCUCAAUCCAAGACGUCAUUCUUCCAUUUAUCAAGUCAAAGAAAACUAUAUCCAGAGAUGCAAUUCAUGGGUUGCUAAAUCAGAUAUACUCAAGAACUGUUUCACCAGUUUCUAAAAAUUUGAGACGUUAUCAAGCCUUCUCAAACACUGUUUAUGGCGAAAUUUUGCCCAAGUUUUUCUCUAAAAUGCUUUCUGAUGUUGGAGCCAACAGUAAUAUGAGGUUUCUUGAUCUAGGCUCGGGGGUCGGCAAUUGUGUGUUCCAAGCGGCUUUGGAAUAUGGGUGUGAUAGCUAUGGUGUGGAAAUUAUGGAGCAAGCUUCUGCCGCCUGUGAGUCUCAAGAAAGAGAGUUUCUACAAAGAAGCAAGUAUUAUGGAUUGGAUCACGGAAAAGUCACAUUUUUCUUGAGACAAUCCUUUGUUGAUAAUGAACCGGUGAAGAAGAUUGUUGAAAAUAUAGAUAUUGUAUUGGUCAAUAACUAUGUUUUCGAGCCUAAGUUAAAUGAUCUGGUUGGCUUAUUAUUGAACAAUUUGAAACCAGGAUCUAAAAUCAUUAGUUUGAAAGAUUUCAAGAGCACUGCAGGAACAGUUGAUGCUUACAAUUCUGCAAGUAUUUUUCAUAAGUUUAUUGUUGAAAGAUACCAAUUUGAGGAGGAUUCAGUGUCUUGGACCAACUCAGGAGGUACAUAUUUUAUUGGUACGGUCACAGACAAAUACCCAGACCAUGUAUGGCAAGAGCACUACUUAACUAGAACCAGAAGUCAGCUUGCUAAAAAAUAG